AUGGCAAUGGGUGAAGGUCAUGGUGGUGCUGUUGGUUCUGGGUUGGAGGGGGAUGAAAUAGGGGCAGGCAGAGGGAGGAACGGGGGAGGGCGAGCCAGGCUGGUGGGGGCAAGGAAGCGGCCAAGUGUGACUGAGGAGCAGAGCAGUAGGAGCAGAAAGAUGCCUGCAAGCAGUGCUGUAGCAAGUAAGAGAGCUGAUGCGGCCAGAGAAAGAUUCACAGAUGGGUCUAGAGGGGGCGAUGUGUCAGGAGGAGAGCAGCAGGCAGCGGGAGCAGGCAGGGCAGAGGGAGCAGAGGGUGUGGGGAGAGAAGACAACUGGACGUGCCGUGUUUGCACACUGAUUAACCGGGGCAUUGUGCUACAGUCCAUAUGGACGUGUGGACAGUGCACGCUAGGGAAUGGUGGUGGUGGUGGUGGUGCUGCUGCUGCUGCUGCUGCUGCUGCUGCUGCUGCUGUGGACCACGCUGCCAGGUGA